GUGCGCAGAACUUUCGUUAGUUAACUAGUUAGCUACGUUUUCUAGAAAGAGCUGAGGGUUUGCCAAGUCUUUAAAGACGGGGAACACAGCACUGGUUAGCCGUUGAAAGUUUUGCGAUUUUUGGCUACGCGAAUUUCUGAAAGUAUUACAUUUACUGUUCCAGCUGUCUCAUCCCCCGGUCGGGGCUGCAGCUCCAGAAAGCCGGGGAGAAACGUAUAUAACGCCGGUUGUUGCCGAACGAGGACCUGGGUGACAAUGUUUGGGGUUAUGACCGAACAUCAAGAUGCAAUACGGAAAUGCAAAACGGAGUCCUCGCCUCCAGAGAAGAGGAAGAGGACAGUGGAAGACUUCAACAAGUUCUGCAGCUUUGUCUUAGCCUAUGCCGGCUACGUUCCCUCAUCUAAAGAGGAGAGUCCCUGGUCUCCACCCUCCUCCAGUUCUCCACAUGGCUCUGGUGCCUCAGGAGAUGGGAACAGUAGCACUGUGGGGAGUAGCUGGGAAGAAGGCAGCUCUGAUUUGCACACCAUCCAUACCUUUGUACGAAAGGCUCACAGCAGCAAGGGCAAGGGUCUGCAGCGGAUGCAUUCGGACGGUUAUCUCCUGGAGAAGAUGCGCCUGAAAGACUCGUUGUUUGAGCACCAGACCGGAGGCAAGGCAGAGCGCAGGAGGGAAAGGAAGUUAAAGAAGUUGUCUAUAGGUGCAGGAGCUGGGGGAAACUGUGGGAGCAGCGGGGGUGACAAAAGGGCACGUGUUAAACACAGCAAAAUUCCUAAGACACCCAAAGCUCUGAGGAGGCUGAAAAGCUCCAAUAAAAGACAGAGAGACUCAGAGACUGGCCCUGCCCUUAAGGAGGAGCACAUCACGGGGGAGGAGUUGGCAGAGAACGGCAUGCAAGUGCAGAGGGUUGGACUGGUGGAGAUGUCGGGUGGGGAGUCCACCAGGGAGGCGGAGAUGAGCUCCAGUGAGUGCGAGACUUGGAUUGCGGAUGAAGACAUCAUGGUGGAGUCAGGUGACGACUCAUGGGACUUGAUCACCUGUUACUGUGGAAAGCCCUUUGCGGGACGGCCAAUGAUUGAAUGCAAUCAGUGUGGAGUGUGGGUGCACCUCUCUUGUGCGAAGAUAAAGAAGUCCAAUGUGCCCGACAUCUUCUACUGCAGAGACUGUCGUCAGGACAAGCGAUCUGGUCCUAAGAAAGACACUUAAAAUCCAGGUGUGGGAAAGGCACCGUUGCUCCCUCUAGCGCCUGGGGUUCCCUGUGUUUUGAGAACUCCUUUCUGUAGUCCUGUUUUCUUAG